UUUCCUGUAGGACCGGAAGUCGUUCACGCAAUCCUCAUUGUUGUCGUCAGAUGCAUGGCGGAAGUUGCUGCGAAGUAGUUUCCUGAACUCGCCGGGUUGGAGCUGGAGCCUCAGCGGGAGCUCCGCCGCGCCUGCUUUCUUGUAAGAAGCUGUGAAUUAAGAAGAGAACAGAAGAAAUGGCAGAAAUGCAGAUGGAUCAAGACUUAGCCCAGCGACUCUUCUUUGAGGGUGCCACUGUUGUCAUUUUAAAUGUUCCUGAGGGAACAGAGUUUGGUAUUGACUACAACAGUUGGCAAGUGGGCCCCAAGUUCCGUGGAGUGAAGAUGAUACCUCCAGGUAUUCAUUUCAUUCACUAUAGCUCUGUUGAUCAAAACAAUAAGAAAGAAAGUGGUCCUCGCACUGGCUUCUUCUUGAACUUGCAGCAGCGUGAUCUACGAGUGCUACGUUGGGACCGAGUAAAAGAAGAGGUGGAUCUCACCCCAGCGUCUGAAAAUGAAACUGAAGCAAUGAGAGACAAUCUCCAGGAGAUGGACCAAUUUCUGGGUCCUUACCCAUAUAAAACUCUAAAAAAGUGGAUCUCCCUCACAAAUUUAAUUACUGAAGAUGUGAUGCAGAAGCUGCAGCCAGAAAGUGGACAAAUAUGUGCUUUUUCAGAGGUUCUACCUGUUCUGGCUGGAAAGUAUACUAAAGACAGGGUAGAACAGAACUUGCCCCGGUAUGACACAGAAUGCAAAAGUUAUGCAGAAGGACUGGCACGGCUGCCCAAAAUGCAGGUGAAACCUGGUACAGAGAUCAGAUUCACAGAAAUUCCAAAGCAAAUGUACCCUGAAGGGGCGACACCUGAGGAAGUUACCAGGCAUAGCAUGGACCUAAGCUAUGCCUUAGAGACUGUGAUCAAUAAGCAGUAUGCCGGCAAUUCCCAGGAUGUGCUUGGAGAGCUGCAGUUUGCUUUCAUCUGUUUCCUGAUUGGGAAUGUAUAUGAUGCGUUUGAGCACUGGAAAAAGCUCCUGAAUCUAUUAUGCAGAUCAGAAGAUGCCAUUGUGAAGCAUCAGGCUUUGUUCGCCGAUCUCAUUUCUGUGCUCUACCAUCAACUCAGUGAAAUACCUGCUGACUUCUUCGUAGACAUAGUCUCCCAAGACAACUUUUUAACCAGCACUUUACAGGUGUUUUUCUCUUAUAUCUGUAUCCCAACUGUUGACAGGACUCUGAGAAAGAAGGCAGAGCGCUUUAAAGCUCAUCUAACCAAGAAAUUCAAGUGGGACUUUGAGGCUGAGCCAGACGACUGCGCCCCUGUAGUAGUAGAACUACCAGAGGGAGCUCUUGUGGGUUGAAUGGCAAUAAUCCCCUGCCUGGUGGUUUUUAAAUCUUUUAAAAUCUUUUACUUCCUUGGAUCAUCACUUAGUGAAAACUUAGCACAUCCAAUUCAUCAAUCCUACAUGGAGCCAGAAAUAAUAAUAAAAAAAUCCUUCUUGCAGGAAAUAGAUACUCUAGGAAACAAAGUUUAGACUACAUCUAGAUCUUCCACAAAAUUGAGUCAAAUUAUCCAAAAGUGUUUUCUAAGUACUCAAAUGAGAGUGUGUUAUCAUAUAUACUUACCUGGGAAGAAGUCCCAAUUAGCAGCAUGAAAUUACUGCUUCAUAUUUCACAAAUAUAUAGGAUUGUACAAUGUGGCUCCUAAAGAUGCAUAGGGGAUACUCUCCCAUUUGCUGGAGAAUUUUAUUUGAGACAUUGGGGCUUUUAAAAAUUAUUGUAUUUUGUGUCAUGCUGUAUAAAUUGAGCAGUCAUAAUUUUGAAUCGUCUCGUACUCAGAACACUGAACAGCAGCUUCUAGAAGAUGCCUGAAUAGAGAGAUAAUCCAAAUGAGGUUACACCACUUCCUUCACAUAUACAUACAAUUCAGCAUCGUCACUCAUUAUAAAUUUCAAGGUUUUGCUUUUAUUCAAAGCAUUUUCUUUUACCAGAUCUUUCCUGGUAGAACUUUUAACAUGUCCGCUCAGUGGACUGGAAUUCUUCUUACAUUUAUACCAGACCUCUGUCUAGCUUAAUGGAUAACACCUCUGCCUUUUUCCAGAAUAGCUGAAAUCUCCAUGGGACACAGAUGUGAAGCAAAGGGGGAAAUCCUAUCUAUUCAGUAGCAAUAUCCUGCCUAUAAAUUGUUACUAAAAAGCUGUAUUAAAUGUUUUCAUUUCUUUUUCCUUGCAUUCUCUGUCAGGGUAAACAGUGAUUUUCUGUUAUAACUGCAGAGCAAUGAAAAUGCUAUAAAAUAGCCUGCAGCAAGCUCACUGGCUGUUAUCUUCUAGUGCUUUAUCUGGGGUACAGGACGCUGCUGAAUUUUUCAAACAAGAAACCCUACUGUGUAGGGAUUUAGCUGUUAGUCCUUUUUUAUUCCUUUUCAGGCUGUUAGGCUUCUUCAAAUGUUGGUUUGUGUAUCUAACAAGAUAACCUGUAUGUCAGUCUUCAGCACACAAUAAAUCUUCCUGUAUUAGGUUUUCUUACAAAAUGUCCCUAAAGUCUUUUAUAAGUGAUUUUUUAAAUGUGUCUGCUUGAUUUUUGUUGGCACUGUUGCAAGGGGAAUGAAAUGCUGUCUAUCAUGCUUUUCAUCUUUAAAGUAAAGUGUCUGACUCAUACUCAAUGUUAACUGGUGUUCAAGUGCUAUACUUAUACACGUUCCCAUUAAUCAUUGGUUCUGUCCUUUUUUAAAUGCAGAACUAGUAAAAAAAACAGAAGUCAGGCCUAAUGUUAGUUGAGAUGACCUGUUUUUACAGUAUUAAAAGCUUCACCAUUGUUUAAUAUUAUGUAUGCAGGCCUGCUGUCCUCUUUCGUUCAGCAAUUGUAUUGAAAGCAUUAUCUUUCAGUUUCCAUACUAAUUGUAGCUUUCCAUUGUGGUCAAACUAGGACAAACUAGCUUAAUUUUCGCAUAGUUUGUGCAAACAGGCCAAGAUUGAAAAUCCCAGUUUGUUUAGAGAAAACCGCCUGCAGAUUGUUUUCACUUUGAACACCACAACAAACUGGCUAGUUGGAAAUAAAAGUGGAUACUUCUGCUCUUAUGUCGAAAUAGGAGGAGAUUGGAGAUUUAUAAUAUUCUGUUACUGCCAACAAAUAGAAGGGAAAGAUAUUUCAUGCACUGGAAGCUGAAAACAGAAGGAAAGGGGGAAGACUGAAUUACAGAUGGAUUGAUUCAAUAAAUGAGGUUGUGUCAGGGUUGUUAUUCACUCUUGGAGGUCUCUCAUUCUUAGAGUCACUAUAAAUUGAAGCCAACAGCACAUAACAGCAAUAAAAUUCAGAAUGUUAAAACAAA